UAUUGUGCUCUAUGAUUGUGCUGUAGGUAGGUACCUAUUGUUCAAUAUCCGUAUUGUAUCAUGAAUGGAAAUUGGAAAUUAGAAAGCUAGUACGAUUGUGUUUUUGUUACAUUUAUAAUUACUGCAUUGUGAUGCUAAUAAAGUAAAGAUGGAUUUAGCGAAAUCUUUAUUUAGUUCGCGUGAUCACGUCGGGUAUGUGGGCCGUGAAGAGCAUGAACGUAAAAUUAGUGCUGCCUUAGCAGAUGACGACCCAGAAGAUGUAAUCGAUGCUAUUCGUGGUAUGAACGUUGCUGACGAACUAUUGCCAGCACCCGGAGGUCCGUUCUCAGCGCUUACAGCUAGCAUGGUACCGCAGGAUAUCAUGGCUAAACUCGCACAACCAGAAUCAGAAGGUCACGGAGGACUGCCCGACUACAGGUUUGACGAAUUCGGCUUUUGUGUGGAUGAAGAAGAUGGACCAGAACAAAGUUCCAACAAACUACUUGCAUCUGCAUUUGUGGAGGAUGACCAACACCGUCUCCAAUGGGAAUUUUAUAGUAAGGAGAUUAAUUUUUCGGAACAAGAAAGUAAAAUGGUAAAAACUGAGAAGUUGCAAAAUAUGGUGAAAGAUGGAAUACCACAUUCCCUCAGGCCUCAAGUGUGGAUGCAUCUGUGUGGUGCUAAUAGGAAGAGAGCUACAACUGAAAUUACAUAUCAUGAAAUUGUGAGGGCAUCCAGUGAUGACGGUUUGGUAACAAGUAAACAAAUAGAAAAAGAUCUGGUACAAAUAUUACCUAACAAUGUUUGCUUUUCACAUCCAACUAGCACUGGUGUGCCCCGCUUACGUAGAAUAUUAAGAGCUCUAGCUUGGCUCUACCCUGAUAUUGGUUAUUGCCAGGGUACAGGAAUGAUUGCUGCAUCCCUAUUACUUCUUAUGGAAGAAGAAGAAGCGUUUUGGAUUAUGUGUACCACUGUGGAAGACCUCUUGCCAGCAUCAUAUUAUUCCUCAACAUUGAUUGGUAUACAAGCUGAUCAGAAGGUUCUCAGAAGCCUUAUAUCUUCAUAUCUUCCUGGGAUUGACCAAGUAUUGAACGCACAUGACAUUGAACUAUCUCUCAUCACUAUGCACUGGUUUUUGACUCUUUAUGCAAAUGUUGUACAUAUGAAAAUUUUACUUAGAGUUUGGGAUCUCUUCUUUCUUGAUGGUUCCAUAGUUCUCUUUAAAGUAACAUUGGCUAUGUUAAAGAUUAAAGAGAAUAGAUUCACAGAAAUAUCAAACUCAGCUCAAAUAUUUAAUGCAUUGUCUGAUAUCCCUGGAGAAAUAGAUGAUGUGGAAUUACUGAUAAAAACAAUUGAUGAGGUUUGUGGUGAGACUUUAAGCCCUGCACUAAUAGAAACACACCGCAGGCGACAUUUAGCUUAUCUGAUGGCAGAUCAAGGAGCUUUAGUGGGUAACCCCAGUGUUGUCCCCAAUCUUCCAAAACAACAACUCCAAAGACGCCAAAUAAAGAGAAAUAAAUCAGUCAUUCAGACUAUUCUAUUUGGAGAUGACAGUAACAAUGAGGAUGCAGUAUCAAAGAAUGUAAAGCAAACAGAAAUUCUUGUUGAUCUUCGAGAGGCAAUCUUGCAAGUUGCUAGACACUUCCUUGCUCUUGAACCACAAUUGGCAUCAGAAGUCCAGCUUACUGCUGACUAUACUAUGCAAAGCCAUGCAACAGACAGAGAAAGGUAUGUCAAUGUUUCACGUAGUAAAAGAAGAAGGGCUAAAGCUUUAUUGGAUUUUGAGAGAAGAGAUGGUGAUGAACUGGGUUUCAGGAAGAAUGAUGUGAUAGAAGUCAUUAGUUCCAGAGAUGAGCACUGUUGGAUUGGAGAGUUAAAUGGCCUAAGAGGAUGGUUUCCUGCAAGAUUUGUAAAACUUUUGGAUGAGAAAGGAGUAAAGUACAGCCGUGCUGGAGAUGACUCAGUGACCGAAAAGGCCGCACAUUUGGUAAGAGGUGUCUUAGCUCCAGCUUUCAAAAGAGUUUUAUUACAUGGAAUAAAAAGACCAAGCUUUUUAGAUGGGCCAUGCCACCCUUGGUUAUUUAUAGAAGAGGCAUCAUCAAGAGAAGUUGAAAAAGAUUUUAAUUCUGUCUAUAGCCGCCUAGUUUUAUGUAAAACAUAUAGAUUAGAUGAAGAUGGUAAAGUUUUGACUCCAGAAGAAUUACUUUAUAGGUGUGUACAAGCAAUAAAUCUUUCCCAUGACAAUGCUCAUGCACAAAUGGAUGUCAAAUUGCGUACAUUAAUUUGUAUGGGAUUAAAUGAAGAAGCUUUGCAUUUAUGGCUUGAAGUUUUGUGCUCAUGUGUGGAUGUAGUACAGAAAUGGUAUCACCCAUGGUCAUUCAUUAACUCACCUGGAUGGGUGCAGAUUAAAUGUGAACUUCGAAUCUUAUCUCAAUUUGGUUUCAAUUUGAAUCCGGAAUGGGAAUUGCCUUUAAAGAAAGAUACACAGAAUCAACCUUUAAAAGAAGGUGUGAGAGAUAUGCUUGUUAAACAUCAUUUAUUUUCAUGGGACCUGUAGUUCCACAAUAUUUUAUCCUCAUUCUUUAGUGAGGUUUCCAUUGAUCUCGUAUAAAUUAUUUAUUAGUUGUAAUUUUUACUAAAUGUAUCUUUUUGCCUGCUUUAAAAUUUUAUUUAUACA